CCCUUUAUUCUAUUCUAUCAACCAACCCGGUCCUUUUCAUCCCAUAUUUUUCCCCAUUCUUUUCUUGCUUGGCUACUCAAACUUGCUUUCCUUAUUACUCUAUUGCUAUUUUGUCUUUAAUUCUUCUCCCCCUACUUUGGCUUUCCGCCGCCCACCGCUGUGCUUUGUGUUCUCAUAAUUUCUAUUCUCAGACCCUUCGGCGGCGGCGAUAGGAGGAGUUUUGCUUUUAAUUUUAUAGAGGGCAGGAUAAGAGACGGGUGGGACGAUGGCGGAAUUGGUUGGUCUUCGGAUCUACAGCUGCUCCAAUUGUCGAAACCAUGUCUGUCUUCACGACGACAUAAUCUCGAAAGCUUUUCAGGGAAGAAAAGGGCGAGCCUUUUUGUUUUCUCAUGCGAUAAACAUAGUCGUCGGGCCAAAGGAAGACAGGGAGCUAAUCACAGGACUCCAUAGAGUUGCUGAUAUUUACUGCCGCGAGUGCCAUGAUGUGCUGGGAUGGAAGUAUCUAAGAGCUUAUGAGCAGACACAAAAGUACAAAGAAGGCAAGUUCAUAUUUGAAAAAUCAAAGAUUGUCAGGGAGAACUGGUAGUCCACAUGGAUUGAUUCUGUGUUGAUGAAGCUUAUGCAUGCGAGUGAUGUGGUCAUUUGACACUGUCUUCUUUGUCUUCUGAUGGAUUCAUUUGUUCUUCUUGUACGUAGCAGUUAAACUGUAUGUUCCAGUCUCUGGCAAUUGUGCGUUCUUGCAUCCAUGUAAUCUGUACAGGUUGUGCACUAAUGGCUGGUGAUUUCUUUUGUGAAUAAGAAAUGAACUUGUGGAUAUUGGUAAUGCAACACUGAAUGCUCAUUGUUUCUAA